CUUCACAGACACUGAAACAAUAUACGCUCUCGUGCAGUGCACUACAGACUUGUCUCCAGAUGACUGUAAAACAUGCCUUGAAACAGCAAUAUCAAACACUUCAACUUGCUGCUCUAAGUCUCGUGGCGCUAGGCUUUUCAGCCGUAGUUGCUUCUUAAGGUAUGAGUUCUAUGCGUUUUAUGAGGAUGCAAGUAAAAGUUCAACAGAAAAUCAGAGGAUAUUUGCAUAAAGCAGCAGGUAUUGGAUGAUUGUUGGCCUUGCAAUUGGAUCAGCAAUUCUAGUUGUACCACUUGUGGUAUUUUGUGUCUACUGUUUUGCUAUAAGGAAUCAAACUAAGACAAAGGAAAGCCAAGUUUCUGGCC